GAUGUAAUGCUACGUGCGUACAUACAUACAUACCGAGGCAUAUUGACGCCGGUGGCACGGAAUCACACGGUACGGAACAGCAGUAGACAGUGGAAUAGCAGCAUCACUACGAGCGUGGUGUGCGCACGGCCGUCAUGAACGAGGUUUCACGCUUGUCUGUCGCUUGUCUCGCACGUUGUAUCGUCAACGAAUAAUGCAAUGAGUACGAUGAUGAUGCCAUGCGACAUUCGACGGUGAAAUCGGCGAUACGAACAACAGUAACGACGAUGAUGAUGUCGAUAACGCCGCGAGUGCGGAGUAACGGUCGUGUGCAACGUGGAACUGCUGUCGCAGCUUAAAUCGUGCAACAUACGCUGUUCACAUCGCUUUCACGUCCAAACUUCUGCGUGUUUUCCUUCUCCCUUCAGCGCGAUCGGGACGUCGACGCCGAGACGCCGGACGAAACGGUCCCGGGCGCAAUGGCAGCUCACAAGACGGGCGGGCAGACCGCCCGUAAGAAAGUUCAGGUAUCUAUGGUUAUAAGAGACGAAGUAGAGAAGCAGCAUAGGGCUGGUGUUAAUUCCUUACAGUAUGAUCCAGCUCUGCAUAGGCUAUAUUCCGCUGGUAGAGACAGUAUCAUAAGGAUAUGGAAUUGUAGAAAUAUGAAGGAACCAUAUAUCCAAUCUAUGGAACAUCAUACUGAUUGGGUUAAUGAUAUAGUGCUAUGUUGUAGUGGCAAAAAUCUUAUAUCUGCAAGUUCUGACACUACUGUCAAGGUAUGGAAUGCACAUAAAGGUUUCUGUAUGUCCACCUUGCGCACGCACAAGGAUUACGUUAAAGCAUUAGCAUAUGCCAAAGAUAGAGAGCAAGUUGCUAGCGCGGGUCUAGACAAGUCAAUAUUUCUAUGGGAUGUUAAUACAUUAACUGCUCUUACUGCGAGUAAUAAUACAGUCACAACUUCAUCCCUGAGUGGAAAUAGAGACUCUAUAUACAGUCUUGCCAUGAAUCAGAUUGGCACAGUUAUCGUGAGUGGUAGCACGGAGAAAGUUCUUCGAGUGUGGGAUCCACGAUUUUGUACCAAACUCAUGAAACUUCGUGGUCACACGGAUAAUAUUAAAGCCUUAGUCUUAAACAGGGACGGUACACAGUGUUUAUCAGCGAGUUCCGAUGGUACUAUUAAAUUGUGGUCGCUUGGCCAACAGAGAUGUGUGCAAACAUUUAGAGUUCAUAAAGAAGGAGUAUGGGCGUUAUUGGCAACGGAUAAUUUUAGCCAUGUAAUAUCUGGAGGCAGGGAUAAGAGAGUAGUAAUGACAGAAUUAAGCUAUGCAGAGAGAUAUACAGUCAUUUGCGAAGAAAAGGCACCUAUACUCAAAAUGGCUAUGACACCAGAUCAAUCUAGUAUUUGGGUAGCCACCAGCGAAUCAACUAUAAAUAAUUGGCCAAUAAGCCAAAAAGAUUGGCAAGAAUUAGGAAUAGGAGAUUAUUGUGAUUCCGCGAGUAAUGUAGCGGGCAAUAUUUUAAGAAAUACCGAACCUACACAGAAAAUAUUGGGUGGUCCUGCCAUAAGACAUUAUCAUAUAUUAAAUGAUAAAAGACAUGUUUUGACAAAGGAUACAGAAGAGAAUGUUGCACUAUAUGAUGUAUUAAAGGCAUGUAAAAUAGAAGAUUUAGGCAGAGUUGAUUUCGAGCAAGAAUGUAAAAAGAGAAACAAAAUGGUAUAUGUUCCAAACUGGUUUAACGUCGAUCUCAAAACAGGGAUGUUAACUAUACAUUUAGGACAAGACGAAAAUGAUUGCUUCUCUGCAUGGGUUUCCGCCAAAGAAACAGGUCUAGCAGAGAACGAUGCUGUAGAUCAGAAAGUAAAUUAUGGAAACCUUUUGCUGCAAGCAUUACUCGAACACUGGUGGAGACCAUUACAUGCUGAUGACGAGAAUGAGGGUAAUGGCAAUGAUGGAAAUGGUCCUUUACAACACACGAGAGGAGGAAAUCCAUAUUUCUCAGUUCCUAGUCAUACACCUGUCAUCUUUAGUGAAGUGGGAGGUAGAACUAUCUACCGACUAUUGGUUCGAGAUGCUGCAGGAGAAACUGAGGGUGUCCUAUUAAACGAAACUGUACCACCAUGGGUAGUGAAUAUUGUCGUGGACAAGAAUCUUCCUCAGUUUAUUAAAAUACCUUUUUAUCUUCUUCCACACGCUUCUUCAGGUGUAAAAAGUUUGAAAAAGGAUCGUUUAAUAGCCAAUGAUUUUAUACAAGUACGUAAAGUGGCCGAACAUGUUUACGAUAAAGUACUCGGUGCAGGAAGCGAUUCAGGUUCAGUGGCUGGCGGUGGAAAUACAGUUUCCAGCGGAUCUCCGGCAGGCGAUAGGACGAAUACGGACUCUAAUGCUGAUAAUUCUUCAUUGGCUGAAGAAAAAGUCGAACUCCUAUGUAACGAUCAAGUCUUGGAUCCUUCAAUGGAUUUGAGAACAGUUAGACAUUUCAUUUGGAAAAGUUCGGCGGAUUUAACACUUCAUUAUCGUCCUGUUAAAUAGUUAGGAUUAACAUUACAUCAUGAACCUUUACAGUGUGCCUGGUUUUAUACCAUGAAUAGUGGAAAAUACAUAGGCUACUUGCAGAAUAUGGUACCUUGUGCCACCUUCUUAGGAAAUGAUCACCUGGAUUUGACGAACGUUUCGUGUGAUGUUGAGGCAGGAGCGAAAGAAAGCGAGGCGUAUUUGGAGUAUUAGGACAUAAUGUAAAAUUUUAAGGCAAUAAUGUGUGGAAGUAUUAAUAUAAAUUGCUCACUUUUAUACACUUGCAUCCUGCGGCCAAAUUCACACAACAGAACAUUACUCUCGAUUAAUCUGCUUGAGAAUAUCAUGCUUUUGUACCUGGAUGUAGAGUUUAAAGUCUUGUUGUCAGCCAUAUAUCGUCUUCCCACUUUAAAGAUAUCAUUAAAACCGCAUGACACAAUUACAAAAAAAAAACAGCACAACUACAGAAAAAGGGGAUAGACCGUAUGGCCGAGAAAAUUGUUGUUUCGUUAGGUCUAAUGGAUCCAGGUGAUCCCCUCACAAAUGCUUCUCAAAACAAUUUCCUCUAUUAAUUCUAUUUUAGCUGUGUAUUUCGUAAUCAGUACAUAGAAUCGUCUUCUUUUAGUAUUAUAAUAAAAGUAUUGAAUAUUUAUUGAGGGUAUAAGAAAUUAUACGUUUUGUUAUAUGCAUGCAUGCAAAAUGUGUAUUCCACACCUGCCUUGUUAUAUUAGAGAGCGAAAAAAAGAAAUAUAUAUAUAUAUAAAUAUAUAUGAGAGAGAGAAGAAAAAUAUGUCAAUUUAC